GUUCACGCCACAGAAGAGGAAGAAGAGACGUCCGCAUGGAGAAAUUUAUCCUCCCACUUGAAAGAAAAUGCAGCCAAAGAGCACAAAAAGAAUCAGGAGUAUGAGCAGUUUUCACUCGGAAAAAAGAUGGAGGUCUGUUUUCCUUCAGGUCCUCGUCGUUUUCUAUUUGGAAGCUUCUCCGGUCAAAGCAUUUGGUUACUUCCUGGGUGACACCAAGGCGGUGCUAAAUGGCUGCGAGGACCACUGGACCCUGCAGGACAGCACGCCGCUACCGUUGCUUUCCCAGAUGAGCGUGUGUCUCGAUGUACGCGUGGUGGCUCCGGGAGCGUGGGUGGGCUUUUCGUACACAUCGCAGCAUGGACUCAAACCCGAAUUGGGAUUGGAGGGCGACGGGGGGGCGCUAUACGGUUGGCUGCUGGGGGUCCGACACCGCUUCCACGUCAGUCUGGCUAUGGGACGGUGGCACAGGGUGUGUUUGAGGAGGGACGUCCGCGGGAACGCUUUCAGUCUGGAGCUGGCCGGACGUCUGGUGGCUAAGCGGACUGUCAUCGCCCAGGCCAUCCCCUCGUCGGGAUCCCUCUGGCUGGGCUGCCGUCCUCGCCAGCGCCCGCCCGGCACAACCCUAGGCCGGGUGGAGAUCUAUAUGUUCCGCGUGUGGGACGACCUGGCCCGCCGCGGUGCCUGCGAGGAUGGAAACGUCGUAGGCUGGAACGCCCGCUUCUGGGGCGUCACCAGCCCCCGUGCUCGGCAGAUGGACCCCCACCUCCCUUGUGCUAAAACAUUAGAAUUAGGUGGCUCCUCCCCUUCACCUUCAUCUGACAGUCGUCAAAGUGAGGCUCCGUCAACCACAGUGACCUCUAGUGGCCACGUGGGAAUAAAUUUCACCAGCACACCUUCCAGCACACAAUCAAUAAGAGACACCAAGACAUCAUCUUCUGUUACCGGCUUUAAUGACAUCCCAUCUCUGCCUCACAUUAAAGCUCCCGGCCCGGCCAAUGGCAUUUCAAGUAGCACACCGACACGGGACUCGUUAUUAACAUCUGCAACCAAUAUACUACUGAACAAUUUCACUCCGGUUAGUGCAAUACCACCCUUAAUCAAUCACACAUCACACUCUACCCCCAGUAUGACAUCUUCAUCAGCCUACAAUACGAAAACACACUACAGAGGAUUUACUCAUGUUCCAAAUGACACAACAGUCAACAACAAGACUAAAAUAUUACAAGCAUCUUCCAACAGCAUCUUUGACAAUAAAGUAACAAAAUCAAGUACAGUACCACCCCUGCUCAAAUACACAUCACUGUACAACCUAACUACACCAUCCUUUACAUCUGACUAUAACAUAACUCCACACAAAAAUGUCACACUACAUCCAAAUGACAAAGUGGCAUAUAACAUUAACACUAACUCAUUACUACCGUCAGCUAACACACAAGAGUACAAGGUUACUACAGAAAGUACAAUGACAGCCUUCAUCAAAGACAUGUCACAAUCUCAACAACUACUACCACUCACGACUACUAAGCCACUUACUAACAACACAAUUGACUCCAAUUUAAAAACAGUAACUCCCCUCAUCAAAGACACAUCACAAUCCCUCCAACUACCUCCACUCACUACUACUACUCCACUUACUCAUGACACACUUGACUCCAAUGUAACUACAGUAACACCAUUUAUCAAAGACACGUCACAAGCCAAACAACUUCUACCAUUUACUACAACUACUAUACUUACCAACAACACACUUGUCAAAGAUUUAACUACGGUAACACCCUUCAUCAAAGACACAUCACAAUCCCUCCAACUACCUCCACUCACUAUUACUAAUCCACUUACUCACGACAUUCUUAAAUCCAAUGUAACUACAGUAACACCCUUCAUCAAAAACACGUCACAAGCCAGCCAACAGCUUCCACUCACUACUCCUAAUCCACUUACUCACGACACUCUUAAAUCCAAUAUAACUACAGUAACACCCUUCAUCAAAGACACGUCACAAGCCAACCAACAGCUAUCACUUACGACUACUACUACAUAUACCAAAAACACUCUUGUUAACAAUUUAACUACAGUAACACCCAUCAUCAAAGACACAUCACAAUCCCACCAACUGCUUCCACUCACUACUCCUAAUCCAUUUACUCUCAACACUCUUAAAUCCAAUAUAACUACAGUAACACCCUUCAUCAAAGACAUGUCACAAGCCAACCAAAAGCUAUCACUUACUACUACUACUACAUAUACCAAAAACACACUUGUUAACAAUUUAACUACAAUACCACCCUUCAUCAAAGACACAUCACAAUCCCACCAACUUCUUCCACUCACUACUCCUAAUCCACUUACUCACGACACUCUUAAAUCCAAUAUAACUACAGUAACACCCUUCAUCAAAGACACGUCACAAGCCAACCAACAGCUAUCACUUACUACUACAUAUACCAAAAACACUCUUGUUAACAAUUUAACUACAGUAACACCCAUCAACAAAGACACAUCACAAUCCCACCAACUGCUUCCACUCACUACUCCUAAUCCAUUUACUCACGACACUCCUAAAUCCAAUGUAACUACAGUAACACCCUUCAUCAAAGACACAUCACAAGCCAACCAACAGCUAUCACUUACUACUACAACUACUACAUAUACCAAAAACACACUUGUGAACAAUUUAACUACAGUAACACCCUUCAUCAAAGACACAUCACAAUCCCACCAACGUCUUCUACUCACUACUCCUAAUCCACUUACUCACGACACUCUUAAUUCCAGUGUAAUUACAGCAACAUCCUUCAUCAAAGACACGUCACAAGCCAACCAACAGCUAUCACUUACUACUACAACUACUACUACAUAUACCAGCAACGCAUUUGACACCACUUUAACGACAGUCACACCUUUCAUCAAAGAUACGUCACACACCAAACAACUUCUACCAUCUAGUACAACAACUAUACAUACCAACAACACACCUGUCAACAAUUUAACUACAGCCACACCCUUCAUCAAAGACACGUCACAAGCAAACCAACAGCUAUCACUUACUACUACAACUACUACUACUACAUAUACCAGCAAUACAUUUGACACCACUUUAACUACAGUGACACCCUUCAUCAAAGACACGUCACAAGCCAAACAACUUCUACCAUCUACUACAACAACUAUACUUACCAACAACACACCUGUCAACAAUUUAACUACAGCCACACCCUUCAUCAAAGACACGUCACAAGCCAACCAACAGCUAUCACUUACUACUACAACUACUACUACAUAUACCAACAACACAUUUCACAGCACUUUAACUACAGUCACACCCUUUAACCAAAACACGUCACAAGCCAAACAACUACCAUCUACUACAACUACUAGACUUACCAACGACACACGUGUCAACAAUUUGACUACAGUCACACCCUUCGUCAAAGACACGUCACAAGCCAACCAACAGCUAUCACUUACUACUACUACUACUACUUAUACCAAAAACACAUUUGACAGCACUUUAACUGCAGUCACACCCUUCAUCAAUGACACCUCACAGGCCAAACAACUUCUACAAUUUACUACAACUACUAUACUUACCAACAAUAGACUUGUCAACAAUUUAACUACAGUAACAACCCUAAUCAAAAACAGGUCACAAACCCAUCAACUUAAACAACUUACUACUACAACACUUACAAAUAACAAAUGGAACUCCAAUUCAACAACAGUAACUCCAAUAACGGCACUCAUCAAAGACACACCAGCAUCCAACCGUAGUACACAAUUUUCUACAUCACCUGACAACGUAUCUACACACCAAGUACAUAGCAACGACACAACCGCAUACGUCACAACAACACUUAUUGACAUGAUAGACUUGAAUGUAACUACAGGAACUGCAACAAAACCUCUCAUCAAAAACACGUCACGAUAUAACCCAACGGCAUCUUCCUCAAAAUCUUUUGACGACUUAAGGGCACACAUUCAUGACAACACGUUCUCUGUAUCCACACUCAAAAAUUCCGAUGCCGGAAUGGAUUUUACUACAACAAUUGGAGGCCCCCGUGACCUUUUAGCGAGAGUUUUGACCGCGACUGCAGUUCCUCCAAGUCAAAGUAGUGGCACUGCUUCAUUAAAUGGUAAGAUGAUUAAAACCACGACCUCGUUGCUUUCUGGCACCAACACCAAGAAAAACCUGGAAGAGCGAGCCAGCAAACUGCUGGAAAAAACCCUGGAUGCAUCUCAGCUCAACUCCUCCCAGGUGGCGCAACUGGUGUCGGAACUGGAGAAACUUCUAGACGCGCCGACCAUAUCGCGAAGUUUGGCCGAGAAAAUCAUCGGAAGUGUGAGCAACCUGAUGGACGGCCAUCCUUUUGCGCUUGCCGCAUCUUGCAACAGGCUUGUUAGCCUAGUGGAGGACUUGAGUCUCAAACUGCUGGUUGGAGACGUCCCUGCCAUUCUCUCGUCCGAUUCGCUGGUUCUGGCUGUCCGCAAAGUGGACGGGAACGAUUUUCCAGAGAUGUCGCUUAAUAUCUUCGACACUGACGAUGUUCAGAUGAACGGUCCCAUCAGCGCUAGGAAGUGGGAUUCUAGCAUGGCUUCUGUCUAUCUGCCAUCCUCUAUAACGGAGGGCAUGAGCGACGAACAGAAAAAGCAGAUCGACAGGGUCCAGUUCACCUUCUAUACAAAACCUGUCCUCUUCCAGGACCGAACUAUGACCAAUCAAACUGCAGUCAGUCCCGUGCUAGCGUCCAGCGUUAGCAACAUGUCGAUAAGCAACCUGAGCGACAACAUUCGCUUUACCAUACGGAACAAUAGACAAAUGAACGCAAACCAUGAGGCGGUUUGUGUCUUUUGGGACUUUGACGUGAACGUGGGUGCAGGUGGUUGGAGCUCAGACGGCUGCUUUGUGGUGAGCGCCACCUGGUGGGGGACUACAUGUAGCUGCAACCACCUCACUUCUUUUGCCAUACUACUGGACCUCUCCAGAGGCGGGAUUAACAACUACCGCCAGGCCCAGAUUCUCACCUUCGUCACAUACAUCGGCUGCGGACUUUCCUCCAUUUUCCUAGCCGCUACCUUGCUGACAUACCUUUCAUUUGCGAAGUUACUUCGUGACAUUCCCGCCAAAAUCCUGGUCCAGCUCUGCUUCUCGCUCCUCCUCCUCAACCUAGCGUAUCUCCUCAACGGUUGGCUAGCUCGAUACCCGGCCCGCGGACUUUGCAUCAGCACAGCCUUCUUCCUGCACUACUUUCUGCUUACGUCCUUCACGUGGGCGGGGCUCGAAGCCCUGCACAUGUACUUGAGCAUCGUACGGGUGUUCACGCCGUACCUCAGCAGAUACAUGCUAAAAUUCUCACUAAUCGGCUGGGGGGCUCCGGUUGUGGUGGUGGUUAUCGUUAUCUCGGUGGACAAAGACAACUACGGUCUGGUUUCUUAUGGACGAUACGCGGACGGCGCUUCAGGUGACUUCUGCUGGCUACGUAGCGACGUAGCAUUCUACGUGGGUGUCGUAGCCUACUUCCUGGCGGUGUUCUUUUCGUGCCUGCUGGUCUUCGUCGUGGUCAUGGCGCAGCUGUGGCGCAUCAAGAAGCAGAACCCACAUAACCAGUCGCCUCAACGCGGACUGGUGGCCGACUUAAGAAGCGUCGCUGGGCUAGUGGCGCUGCUUGGACUAGCGUGGGGAUUCGCGCUGUUCGCGUGGGGGCCGCUCCACUUGCCUUUUGUGUACCUCUUCACCGUUUUCAACUCACUGCAAGGUUUUUUUGUCUUUGUUUUCCACUGUGCCUGCAAGGAGAACGUCCGCAGGCAGUGGAGAACGUACUUGUGCUGCGGGAAUUUGAGAUUGGCUGAAAAUUCAGAAUGGAGUCGUACAGCCACUCGGGAGAACCGCAACUUCUCCGCGGUGACAUCGGCCCGCCAGCUUGCUUCUCGGAGUUCCUCGCUUAUCAGCAACAGCACCAAUAGUAGCAGUUCAGUUUUUGCUGAUAGCGGAAUGUCGGAAGGUUCUGGCAGCGACGUGAUCCUCAACGAGAUUCACAGACAGACUACCGAAAUUUUCGAUGCUUCCACUCAAUAGUGGGCUGAGAUUGGUUUUAGGUUGCUGGAAUAAAUCUGUCCAUCCCAGUGAAACUCUAUUCUAUCGGUAGCACAGAACAGGUUUAAGUUCAGCAGGAACGACGAUUUCAUUUGCUUUUGAGGUCACUUUUUUGUAAACGUUUGCAUCCUUAUGGCACAUUUUCAUGUAAUGAAAUACUGAAUUACAUUUUAACAAUAAAUGUACCACAUUAUUCUCCAUUUCUUGACCACCAUGAUUUCAGAUUGUUGACUCAUUUCUCUUAAAAGAAAUGAAGGCUGAGCUCGAACUGUGCAGUCGCACAAGCCAGCUCCUGAAGGACUUCGUCCUCCAAAAGAAAGCCAUCAGAAUUGUCCAUGGAGCUCACCUACUUGGACAUGAACUGAUCCUAUAUACUUAAAUUACUAUAUGUGAAAUCUCCAUGGCAAUUAAUGACUUUUGAACGAAAUGUGUUAGUCUGUCAUUGGACUGAUCCAGAGCAUGCUGCUUGUGCGACCUUGGUGGCUGGGGGACGGGUCCCGAUAAGCUUCUGCUUUUUUUCCCGUCUCCUUUGUCAUGUCUAUUCUCAUCUUCUUUGGAUAAACAAACAUACGCGAUGAUUUCCUUUUGUGACAUUGAUUUUAAUGUUGAUGAUGAUGAUGACAAUGACAAUAAAUUCAAAUUCAAAAAGUCUUA